CUCAACAAUGAAUUGAACUCCUCCAGUCUCGUGAAGCGGCUCCAUAAAAUGACGGCAGGUGACUAAAUGGAGCAGUACAGCAUUCUGGGUCGCAUCGGGGAAGGAGCGCACGGCAUCGUGUUCGAGGCCAAACACGUGGAGACGGGAGAAACGGUGGCGCUGAAGAAGGUGGCUCUCAGGCGUUUGGAGGACGCCAUUCCCAACCAGGCCCUGCGGGAGAUCAAGGCCCUGCAGGAGAUUGAGGACAACCAGCAUGUGGUGAGGCUGAAGGACGUCUUCCCGCACGGCACCGGCUUUGUCCUGGUCUUUGACUUCAUGCUGUCCGACCUCUCCGAGGUCAUCCGCGACGCCCGGCGACCUCUGACCCCGGUGCAGGUCAAAGGUUACAUGCUGAUGCUUCUGAAGGGUGUGGCCUUCCUGCAUCAGAACAACAUCAUGCACCGAGACCUGAAGCCCGCCAACCUUCUCAUCAGCUCAUCGGGACACUUGAAGAUUGCCGAUUUUGGUCUGGCUCGCCUCCUCAGCCAGCAAGAGGAGCGACUCUACAGCCACCAAGUGGCCACGAGGUGGCGCCCUCUGCGACCCGGCGCCUUCAAACGUCGCGCCUUUCUUUUUUUCUACAUAAUCAUAUCGUUCGCGUGCGUGUCCAGGUGGUAUCGUGCUCCUGAGUUGCUGUACGGGGCCAGGAAGUAUGACGAGGGCGUCGACCUGUGGGCAGUCGGUUGCAUUUUCGGGGAGCUGCUGAACUCGUCCCCUCUGUUUCCCGGUGAGAACGACAUCGAGCAGCUGUGUUGUGUCCUCCGGGUGCUCGGGACGCCCACGUGUGACACCUGGCCUGAGAUGGCAGAGUUGCCCGAUUACAAUAAAAUCACCUUCAAGGAGAACCCCGCCAUCCCAUUAGAGGAGAUGGUUCCCGACUCCUGCCCCCACGCCAUCAGCCUGCUCUACAACUUCCUGGUUUACCCAUCCAAGCGGCGAUGCCCCGCCCAGCAGGUGAGAGAGGAGCGAGCUAUUGUCCGUCAGACCGCAGACGGAUUAACUGGCCGGCGGCCUCGCAGGCUCUCCUCCAUCCGUACUUCUUCCGCUCGCCUCUUCCCGCCCACCGCUCGGAGCUGCCCAUCCCUCAGAGGGGCGGCGGGCGCCACCCCCACCCGCGGCCGCAGGCGGCGCCUGCCGACUUCUCGGCGGACCUGCCCCUGAGCGACAGCCUGGUACAGCCCGCGCUGCUGCGGGGACACGCCUCUUGCCUGUGAUUGGUCCAACCACGUGGAUGACGUAAGCUCAGUUCAUCUUAAAAUACACUGUACGAUUUAAAAAAUAAAUGUUAGUUUUAAAUGUGACAUAUUAUGGAAAAAUGACUUCUUAAUGUAUUGUAUCCAAAUAAUUGUGUUUCUGGGGUGUGAAAGUCAACAACCAAUGAAAUGUUUAGUUCUCUGCCCAUUUGCGAAAACGUGUCCGUGAGCGGGCCCUUCUCAACAGUGGGACCGAUUAACAUAAUGACCACGCCCGCUGCGAGUUUCUUAGCCAAUCACCCGAUAGCUAUGCCGGAAGACGAUCCAGAGCGAAAGCAGCCAAAGCACUCGAAGAACCGUGAGGUCGACUGGCUCACCGGACGGCCGACGGGUUGCAUUGCUUUUGUCACUGAUCCUAUGUAAACUACUGUAUGUAUUUGUCAAGCACUCAGUUGAAUUACGUUGGAAUUUCACCUUUGUGUCACUUACGGUGUGUUGUUUAAAAAAAAAUAAAUAAAAAAAGGGGGCAAAAAGAAGAAACAACAUUAUUUUAUUGAUAUUCCUCAAAAAAAACCAUUUUACAGAUCGUUAAUAUGACAGACUACAAGUGAGCAUGUUGUCAGUUCAUUUAUUCUCUAUUUCUCGACUCAAUCGGGUAACUUCUUUGUACAGUGAAGUGGUGUUCAAUGGGUUAGGGUUGCUUUUCUACAUCUAGAGUAGAGCUUGAAGGAAACCAGGUGGUCGGGGGGGGGGGGGGGUCUUACUGGGCUGUGGUCCGUGAAAGGGAACAGCCGCCGUCGUCCUUUU